AUCCGAUUUAUUGGCAUCAUCAGUUUUCACACAUACUGUAUGUACACUUUGCAAGUUAAAUUAAUAUUUUACUAUGGGAAUAUGCUAAAAGUCACUCAAUUUAAGUUAUUAUUCAUGAUAUACUCACAAGCCGGCAUGUAUCAUUUUACGGAGCUGCUUCCCGGAGGCCCUUACUCACUUUUCUGGAGUCAGUGCAUGUGGGUUCUGUCACUGCUCAUCGGGCUACUUGUGUUUCACUUUAUAGUCAAGUCAGCUCCUCUUGUUUUGCUUCAGCUCCACCACUCUGACUGCUGUUUCAUCUACGGGUCACUUUGACUGCUGUACAGGAGUUGUGAUUCUUUGUGGAGAAACUGUUUUACACAGCCUUCGAUUAAAUCAAAUGUCGAUUAGUCAACAAAAUGAUAUGGUUGUCAUUCAAGUAGGAAUAUCGAUGGUUUAGGACAGCCCUACUUUUCUUUGUCAUAUUAUAUAUGAGAGUAAACUGAACAAGUUUGCGUUUUAGGCAGUUGGUUGGACAAGACAGGAGAAACACAUUGUUUAGUUUGGGCUGUGGGAAAUUUCAACAAGCAUUUUUCUAAAAUAAUUGACAUUUUAUAGAUUAAAACUAUAAUCAUGAAUUCAAUUGACAGAUCAAUUGAUAAUGAAAAUAAUCAUUAGUGGCAGCCCUAAUUAAAUCUGUGAUAAAGGGCACGACAGCCUUUCAGAUCCUGCGCCUAAGGAGUUCUAUCCUUCUUGUGAUGAGUAAAUCCUUCAAAAAGUGUUUGUGGCAGAUUAAGCAGAAUCUCUAGUCUUUAUCGAAACACCUGCUGGCAUUAAAUAUGGGUGACCUUUAAAAACUACAAAUCACGGCUACCGAAAGGUAGCGUUGGCAGCCUUAAAGUUUUUUGAAAGGCAUUCACACUGUAUCAGAUUUUUAACUCUUCCUAGUGCAGAUACAGUCACUUCAAUUCAAAGCUUUACUUUUAGACGACCACAAGACCUGAUCGUUGCCAGAGCUGCAAAAACUAAAUCUCUUGGGAGUUUGUAAACAAAGGUGAUAGCACAAUUUGUAAAAAAUUAUAAAAACUUUUCUCAGUGAUGACUCAGAAUGCACAACAAAAUCUGACAUCAACAUUAUGGCAACAUCUUUGAUGUAUUGCCUAAGAAAUAGAUUGCCCACCCGGUUUGUUUUCUUGUGCUGUGGAAACAGGCCCUUUCUCUUUCUUUUUUUCAAAUCCCAACAGUUGAUAGGAAACAGUGUUCUGCACAGAUGGAGAUUUGACUUUUAGCCUUUUAUCUGAAGCAAAACAAAUGCAAUCAGAUUACGAACUAGGAAUAUAGCGUCUAAAGAACAGUGUCAUCUCUAAUCUUUAGUGUGUUCAAAACACGAUUAGGACGACUCCAACAGAUUAAUCUGUCCACACAGAUUAGUGCAAGACAUGUUUCAGUUUGUUUUUAGAGCGAUGUGUGUGCAGAGGUGUUUUAAUCACAUCAUAUCUGACUUAGAGAGGUGUAGAAACCUUUUAAAUUCAGCAGCCUUUUGAUCAAGCAUUACCCAGCUCACCUAAACAAUACAGCUGCUUAACGCUGUAAUAUGUUAACAAGGUCUUUGUGAAUUACGUUCUUCAUUAAAAUGGGCACCAUUUCAGACAGCACUGAAACAGCAGGGGCCAGUUGCAUAAAAUAUAGACCUAUUCUUUGUCUAAAAUAUCACUUUAAGUCAGACUUGCUAAAGACAUCUAAAUUGACCUGUUGCAUGAAGCCUCGCUGUGAGUGACUAAUCGAGGCAUGUUGCACACUGCAUUAUGGGUGAAAUAAGACUUAACAGAAGAGAAAAAACAGUGGAUGCAACAGACACCACACCAAGUACGGGAGAAAAAAGAUCCAAAGGUUGUUAGAGCUGUUUAAGAUGUUCAGAACUAAUCCAAAAGAGUUAUGAAAAAAUAAUUGAAAUGGUUCGCUAAAAAUUUGCUUAAAGUAAUGGAUAAACAUUUGGAAUAGCUAGCUUAAAGUAAUCGACAAACAGUUGGAGUAGCUAGCUAAAGUAAUGGGUAAAAAGUUGGAAUGGUUAGCUAAAAGUUUGUCAAAAGCAAUAGAUAAACAGUUCAAAUACUAAGCUUAAGGUUAUGGAAAAACAGUUGAAAUAGUUAGCUAACUGAUAUUCUAACUGACUGUUGCCAUAGUAACAAAGCUCUCACCUAAGACUAAUAGCCAAGGGGAGAGGCGGCCAACUUUCCUAUCUCAAAUUAAUUCAGGCUUAAUAUAUUUGCAACAGACAAGCUAAAUUAGACUAAUCUAGUUUGUCAAUCCAAGACAAGUCUAAGGCAAAGUUAAUGCAACUGGCCCCUGUAUUGGUUAGACUUCCCAAUGCAAUGUGACUGAAGCAUCAACUGCAUUGUAUUGGUAUUGGCGAGUUUUGUUUCAAUACUGAAACACUGUUAUUGUUGUAUAAGAGAAGACCCGGGAACAAGGCAAGUGGAGAGAAAAAUACCCUUCCACUGUUGGCUUAUGGCUUGUGUUAAAGUAUUCUUACGGUUACUGGUUCCGACUAUUAUGGUAAGAACUACAACACCAUCUAAAGCCUUUAUCACUGCAGAUAAGGACACGGAGCAGUGCGCCACCUGCGAGGUCCGGCAGCAGAUCAAAACCAUGCGAUUAAACGCCAUCAAAAAUCAGAUUUUGAGCAAACUGCGAAUGAAAGAAGCUCCAAAUAUCAGCCGAGACAUCGUGAAGCAGCUCCUGCCCAAAGCGCCGCCGCUGCAGCAGCUUCUCGACCAGUACGACGUGCUGGGAGACGACAACAAGGAUGUGGUUAUGGAGGAGGACGAUGAGCAUGCCAUCACGGAGACAAUCAUGAUGAUGGCCACAGCACCCGAAUCCAUCGUCCAAGUGGACGGGGAACCAAAGUGCUGCUUUUUCUCUUUUACUCAAAAGUUUCAAGCCAGUCGCAUAGUCCGGGCUCAGCUCUGGGUGAAUCUGCGCCCGUCGGACGAGGCGACCACCGUGUUCCUGCAGAUCUCCCGCCUGAUGCCGGUCACGGACGGGAGCAGGCACAUACGCAUCCGCUCCCUGAAGAUCGACGUGAAUGCCGGGGUCAGCUCUUGGCAAAGUAUAGACGUCAAACAAGUGUUGACUGUGUGGCUGCGGCAGCCGGAGACCAACUGGGGCAUCGAGAUUAAAGCCUACGAUUCGAGGGGAAAUGACUUGGCCGUGACCUCCACAGAGCCCGGAGAGGAAGGACUGCAACCGUUCAUGGAGGUGAAGGUCUCCGAGGGCUCCAGGCGUGCCAGGAGAGACUCAGGCCUGGACUGUGACGAGAACUCUCCAGAGUCCCGGUGCUGCCGUUACCCGCUCACCGUGGACUUUGAAGACUUUGGCUGGGACUGGAUUAUUGCUCCCAAGCGCUACAAGGCCAACUAUUGCUCCGGGGAGUGUGAGUACAUGCACUUGCAGAAGUAUCCGCACACCCACCUGGUGAACAAGGCCAACCCCAGAGGGAGCGCCGGUCCCUGCUGCACUCCCACCAAGAUGUCGCCCAUCAACAUGCUCUACUUUAACCGAAAAGAGCAGAUCAUCUACGGCAAGAUCCCUUCCAUGGUGGUGGACCGCUGCGGAUGCUCUUGAGUUGGGACGGAGACCCUGGCGAGAGGGAGAGGGGAGGACGGAGGGGCCGUGGCUUCAUCUGUCCUCCAACUUCAAACUUUUUAACACCAACCAAUCCACCAGUUCCAAUGCUUUCCUGCAGAACACGGUGCAGUAGAACCAGAGUAGAGGCCACAAACAGCCCGACCUUCCCGCAGGGCAGCGCUUUCACAACCGGCAUAGCUCUUACUUUUCUUUCCUCCAGUGAAAUCUUAGCCGUAGAGGCUUGAAGUCAGAUGGAUGCAGAAACAAACAUACACACACUCAAACACAUGCCGGACCUUGGAGUGAAUGUAGACAGAAAUGAUCAAAGUUAUCCAAAAAAACUGUUUUUUCCCUGUAUCUGUGUUCUGUGCUCUCCAUAUAUACAAACAUGCC